UCUGGCUAGGGCAGUGCGCGGAGCUCCGGCUGCUGGUGGGGAGCGGCGGCCGGAUCCGCAGCGCCGGCGGCGGCUACGGCGGGAGCAGCACAACCGGCAAAAUACAAUAGAGGCAACAGCAGAAGGGAGCCCGCGGUCCUCUCCCGUAAACACACUCCGCUCCGCCGCCGCCUCCCCCUCGGCACCGCGCGCGGUGCUGCCUGGCGCCCGAGGCCGCUCGGACUGCUAUGUAACCGCGAGACGGCGGGAGCAAGGGGGCCGGGGAGAAGAGGUCAGCCCGUGGGAGGCUGUGGGGGCCAAGUUUGCGGCCACUUCGGCACGCGCUUUCCUUAGCCCCCGCUUGCCCCUUCCUGCAGCCCGGCUGGCCCAGGGGUCCUUUGCCUCCUCGCGUGCCCGGCGACCAUGGUGACGGUGGAGGAGCUGCGGGAGAUGGACUGCAGCGUGCUCAAAAGGCUGAUGAACAGGGAAGAGAACGGCGGCGGCGCGGGCGGCAGCGGCGGCCACGGCGCCCUGGGGCUGCUGAGCGGCGGCAAGUGCCUGCUGCUGGACUGCAGACCGUUCCUGGCGCACAGCGCGGGCUACAUCCGAGGCUCGGUCAACGUGCGCUGCAACACCAUCGUGCGGCGGCGGGCUAAGGGCUCCGUGAGUCUGGAGCAGAUUCUGCCCGCCGAGGAAGAGGUGCGCGCCCGCCUGCGCUCCGGCCUCUACUCGGCGGUCAUCGUCUACGACGAGCGCAGCCCGCGCGCCGAGAGCCUCCGCGAAGACAGCACCGUGUCGCUGGUCGUGCAGGCGCUGCGCCGCAACGCCGAGCGCACCGACAUCUGCCUGCUCAAAGGUGGCUAUGAGAGGUUUUCCUCCGAGUACCCAGAAUUCUGUUCCAAAACCAAGGCCCUGGCAACCCUCCCACCUGCUGUGCCCCCCAGCACCGCGGAAUCCUUGGACGUGGGCUGCAGCUCCUGCGGAACCCCGCUGCACGACCAGGGGGGUCCUGUGGAGAUCCUUCCCUUCCUCUACCUCGGCAGUGCCUACCACGCUGCCCGGAGGGACAUGUUGGACGCCCUGGGGAUCACGGCCCUGCUGAAUGUCUCCUCUGACUGCCCGAACCACUUUGAAGGACACUACCAGUACAAGUGCAUCCCGGUGGAAGACAACCACAAGGCAGACAUCAGCUCCUGGUUCAUGGAGGCCAUCGAGUACAUCGAUGCGGUGAAGGACUGCCGCGGCCGCGUGCUGGUGCACUGCCAGGCGGGCAUCUCGCGCUCGGCCACCAUCUGCCUGGCCUACCUGAUGAUGAAGAAGCGGGUGCGGCUGGAGGAGGCCUUCGAGUUCGUCAAGCAGCGGCGGAGCAUCAUCUCGCCCAACUUCAGCUUCAUGGGGCAGCUGCUGCAGUUCGAGUCGCAGGUGCUGGCCACGUCGUGCGCCGUGGAGGCCGCCAGCCCCUCGGGGCCCUUGCGGGAGCGGGGCAAGGCCACCCCCACGCCCACGUCGCAGUUCGUCUUCAGCUUCCCGGUGUCGGUGGGCGUGCACGCGGCCCCCAGCAGCCUGCCCUACCUGCACAGCCCCAUCACCACCUCCCCCAGCUGCUAGGGCCGCGGGGAGCCCCGACCCGACCCCCGCCGCCGGCUCUCCGCGGGGCUGGCGGGGACUGUUGGCGCGAGAGCCCGGCCGCCAGGCUCCCCGCGUGCCCUCCUGCGGCGCCAGCUAGAAUGGCAAUAAGGACUUCGAAUCCACCUUACGAGCCCACAACACACUCCAGCCUAGAGCAAUAACGGCUGCCUCCGCGGGCAGGGAGGACCUCGGUCUGGUUUGUGCGUCCGUGUUACUUUUCAGAUAGGAAUUUCUUACCUCAUUUUUUUAAGCAGUAAGGCUUGAAGUUAUGAAACCCACAGAUCCUGGCAAAACGUGCCCACCCGGUUUUAUUGAGGGUGGGGAGGGGGCGCGGGGGUGGGAAGGGGACAAAAAGAAAACAAGUUUGCCAGAAGUGCCUGGUUCUGUGUGCUUCCUUCUCUUUUGUUCUUGUAACGGGUUUUGGUUGCGGUUCUGUUUUUUAAAGACAUCUUCCAGGAGAUGAUUUUCCUUGUGAAGUCACCAACAGGUGGAUAAUGAUGCUUAAUAAUAAAUAAAAGUAUUUAUUAAGAAGUUCCUCAGAAUAUGUAAGUGCAAGGAGCCUAGGGAUGAUGGUGAACUUGGGAUGUAUUUAUGUCCUGCCCCCGUCAAGGCAGUUAGGAGCCGGACGGUAUCUCCCAGGUACAGACCAGGUAGCGGGAGGGUCAGUGGGCACUGGUUGCCACUGAGAAGCAGGCAGAGUGGGGUGGCAGGAGGAAAAAAGGAAGGACCUGCUUUCUGACUUCUUUGAAGCUGGUUCCCAGGCACGGGACACGAAAGCGGCUCUUGGUCCCAGUGACACGACUUUUUCUUGAGAUCCGUGAUUUAAUUUGGUGAUGGGAGCCUCUUCUCCCAGACCUGCGGGAAAGCUCGCCUAUGCCCUGGAUUAAGUGCUGUGUGGUAAAAGGUGCUUCUGGAAAAUUCGGGGCAGCUGAGAUUGUCCUCCAUGGAGUGAGGCCCUUGGGGCAAGCAGCUAACUGGAGAUGAACCGGACGGGAAUCCUCUGGCAAUUGGAAGCACCGUCUUGUCUUCUGCACACUUCGGUAUUUGUAAUGUUAGAGGGAAGUACAGCAGUUCUUGCCUUCUUGAAAUUCCUGGUGUAGCUGAAUAUUUUUCAAGGCCCUUCCUUGAAGAAGAAGAGGGUUUUGGAUACCAUGUUUCCCGUCUUGAAUGGAAGACGGUGUGAGUGAGAAGCUGGCUAGACCCUUUUUGGGAGCUGGCUGCUGGGCUGCUUUCCUGGGCACCUUGAGCCUUGCUCCCAUUUUGGGAUCCUUCUUGGGUUAAUGCUGUUUUAAGGGGCCUUUCCAAAUGGAGAUAAGGCUCUUGGAGGGAGAAGGAUGUUUGGUGCGGACUGGGAUUGGGGGGAGGGAGGAGGGAAGCUACAUGUCACUUCAUUUGUGGUAGUGUGGAACAGUGUUGUUACAGAGUGCCGCCUAGAGGUAUUUGCAGACUUGUCUAGAAAUGAGAGCAUGUUUGUUUUGGGGUUUCUUUUUUUGUUUUUGGUGUUUUUUGUUUUGUUUUGUUUUUUGGUGGCUUUUUUUUUUUUUUUUAGCCCCUUGUGAGUCUAGAUCUAAAUGAACAUUCUUGCUCAUCCAUAAAUAACUUCAAGCCUCGAUGUCAGAAUUGCGUUGGAAUGCCCUUUCUCACCCUGGCAUUCCAGACAGGACCAGGUUCCUUGCAUUUCCUUCCAUAAACAUGAACCUGUGUUGGCAUCACUCAUCCUGCCUUUGUCAAGCCCUGUCUUUGGGUGAGGCCGGACUUCCCGCUUCCUGUUUUUAGAAAAGCCAGAGGCCCCCUCCAUCCCUGGGAGCUGCUUGGCUGAAUAGGUAGGGGAGAGGUGAGGGGUUGAGGUUCCCGGGCCAUGGACCUAUUUAGAGAUGGCGCGAUUGGCCGUUCCCACUUUUUUCUUGAUUCCUAGAAGUUGCUCUGUGUUUUGUGAUGAGUGAGGUCGAGCAGUUCUGCAGCUGCAAGAGCUCUGGGUUCCAACAGCAGACAGACCUGGGGGGCGGG